CGUAAAUGGUCUCUAACUUGACCUCCGCACAGAUUUCGAUGGAUGGGCUGUUGAAAUAGUAACUUAGAAGCAAUCUAAGGAAAUAUUGGAGGCCUGCGUUUCACUAAGCUAUGCAUUUCCAGGAGUGGUUACGGUCACUUCGCUCCAGCGCGGGACUCAAAGGUUCUGAAUCGGAGGACUUCUGGAGUCUUCUGCCGUCUCUGCCUCUGUCCUCCUUCUCGCUGUCCUCCCUGUCUCUGUCGCCCUCCUCUCUGCUGGGUCUGGGAGCCCUGGCCUCCAUCACUGCGUACUGGCUGGUGACCCGACCUCGACCCAUGCGUCCCCCCUGCGAUCUGCAAGCCCAGUCCGUGGCUGUAAAUGGAGAUCCCAGCUGCAGGCGAUCCGCGCUUCUUAAAGAUGACUCACUGCUGGAAUUUUACUAUGAUGACACCAGGACCGCCUACGACAUGUUCCAGAGAGGCCUCAAGAUCUCAGGAAAUGGUCCGUGCCUUGGAUACAGGAAGCCAGGCCAGCCCUACCAGUGGAUCUCCUACACCGAGGUGGCUGAGCGGGCACAGGUACUGGGCUCUGGGCUGUUGGCUAAAGGCUGCCAACCGAACCCGCAGCAGUUUGUUGGGAUAUUUGCACAAAACAGACCAGAGUGGAUUAUCUCAGAGUUGGCCUGCUACACCUACUCCAUGGCGGUGGUGCCUUUGUAUGACACACUGGGGCUGGAGGCCAUGGUCCACAUACUCAACCUGGCCGAGAUCUCUCUGGUGAUCUGUGACCGAGAGGAGAAGGCAGCGGCUCUGUUGGAGAACAAGGAGAAAGGCGUGACUCCGAAGCUCUCCUGCCUGGUCCUCUUCAACGAUUUCAGUGAAGACUUCGUGGAGAGGGCGAAGACCUGCGAGGUGGAGGUUUUGAAACUGGAGCAGCUCAUGGACCUGGGAAGGCAGAACCUCAAAGAUCCUGUGCCGCCCCAGCCCCAGGAUCUGGCCGUGGUUUGCUUCACCAGUGGAACCACAGGAAAGCCCAAGGGAGCCAUGAUCACCCACGGCAACAUCGCCUCCAACACUUCCUCUGUCAUUAAGAUCCUGGAGGGUUCAUUUGUGAUCCAGCAGGAGGAUGUGUCGAUCUCAUACCUGCCGCUUGCCCACAUGUUUGAGAGGAUGAUUCAGGUCUCUAUGUUCUGCCACGGGGCCAGAGUAGGAUUCUACCAAGGGGACAUUUCUCUUCUUAUGGACGACAUUAAAACCCUCAAACCUACCUUCUUUCCUGUUGUGCCUCGAUUACUCAAUCGUAUCUAUGACAAGAUCCUGGGUUCUGUGACCUCCCCGUUGCGACGGGCUUUGCUUCACUACGCUGUGAGAAGAAAGCAGGCGGAGCUCAGCAGCGGGGUUGUACGUAACAACAGUCUGUGGGACAAACUGGUGUUCAACAGGAUUCAGGCCAGUUUAGGAGGUGAUCUACGGUUUGCCCUGACUGCCUCAGCACCCAUCUCCCCCGCAGUGCUGUCCUUCCUCAGAGCCACUCUGGGUUGUCUGAUAUUCGAGGGUUAUGGUCAGACUGAGUGCACUGCAGGCUGCACUUUCUCUAUGCCCGGAGACUGGAGUGCAGGUCACGUUGGUGCUCCUUUACCCUGUGCCAUGGUGAAGCUGGUUGACAUCCCUGACAUGAACUACUAUGCUAAGAACGGAGAGGGAGAGAUCUGCAUCCGUGGCCCCAGUGUGUUCAGAGGAUACCUGAGGGACCCGGAAAGGACCGCAGAGGCCCUGGACAGCGAUGGCUGGCUGCACAGUGGGGAUGUGGGCCAGUGGCUUCCAAACGGGACACUGCGUAUCAUUGACAGAAAGAAGCAUAUCUUUAAGUUGUCACAGGGAGAGUACAUUGCUCCGGAGAAGAUAGAAAAUGUCUACAUGCGUUGUGUUCCUGUGCUCCAGGUGUUUGUGCAUGGAGAUAGUUUACAGUCUUAUCUCAUAGGCAUAGUUGUGCCUGACCCUGAGGUGUUUGUUGACUGGGCUAAAGAGCGGGGAUUUGUGGGGUCCUACGAGGAGCUGUGCCAGAAUCCUGAUGUAAAGAAUGCAGUAUUAGAGGACAUGAAAGCCGUGGGGAAGGAAGCAGGGCUGAAGUCCUUUGAACAAGUGAAGGACCUUCACUUACAUCCAGAGACCUUCAGUGUCGCGAACGGCCUUCUCACGCCCACCCUGAAGAGCAGACGUGCCGACAUCCGCAGAGUCUUUCAGGAACAGAUAUCGAGCAUGUACAGCAAGACAGCCAUUUAAAAGACUCUACUCAGUAGAUCACCCACAACACCCAAGGGUAAUUCAUAUCCAAUAAGGGAAAAAUAUAUGGGAGAGGGACCACGGGGGGAGAAAAAAAAUUUACAAUCCUAAACGUCCAGCAGUGCCUCAUCUGAAAUAUACACUUGGAUAUAUUUUAGAUUAUUGGUGUUUUGCUUCAAAGAAGUUUUAAUUCAUGUCCUCGUCUUGCACAUAUGGGUGAUGUAUUAACUCCUCACAUGAAAAAUAACACAGAAUGGGUCCAAACCAUUUUUAUUUCAUUUUUGUUCCAGUCUCACUGUUGUUCUUGUCACUAAUUCAGCAUUGUGAUUCAAUGGGAGAUUUUACUGUUGUGUAAAUUAUUGUCUAGUUGUAGAGAGAAGAAUCACAUUGGUUUUUAGGAAGCAACCUGCAGAGUAAGUUAGAUGUUUUAUUCUGCGCUGCCCUGUUCUUUUCCCAAGCAAGGAUUUUUAAAGGGACACUGCACUUGUGAGGCUGGUAGAGCUUGCAUUAAUUGUAGGUUUGUAUUUUAAGGUUGAUGGAUCAUCAUGAUAUAAGCUUUUCAUCAACAACCUUGAUCUUAGCUCGAUGCUCAUACACUUUUCUAACUGGUUCUGAAAGACUUCAUAAACCAGUGUGAGCAUGUAAUCCUUCACCUGAAGUUAAACCAUUACAACUAAUGAGUGUUUCAACCAGCGAUGCUGUGUUAAAAAAAAAGGGGGCUGUAUUGUAAAUACUGCUUAUAUUGAGAUUUGUUGACGGGACACUACUGACUAAUUCCAGUUAAGCAAAACUGAACAGAAAUAAAGACUAGUAACUGA